AUGAGUCAUGACUCGUGUUGUAGAGGGACUGACGAUUGCAACGCGUCCGCAGGCGUCUUACAUGACGGCGUCGAGCCGUUCGAGCGCGCGAUCGAGUGCGUGCGAGAGCUCAAGCGAAGGAAAAAAUCCAUAUACGUCCUCUCGAAUUCGUCUCGCGGGCGAGAUGGGACGAUACGAAAGUUGGCGGCGAUGGGAUACGACGCGGAGGCGUUCGCCGGCGCGAUGACUUCGGGACACGUCGCCGAGGCUUUCUUGACGUCGACGCUCGAGACAGUGCCGGAAAAGGCAUGUUUCUUGAAGUUGCGUGAAAUUUUAGAUGCGAUUGCGGGCGAGGGACGACGCGCGCGCGUCGCGCAUGCGACGUGGUCGAUGCGAGGGAACGUGCAGCUCGGCGAGGCGUUCGGGGAGGCGUAUCAAGUCGUCUCGAUCGAGCGGCCCGAGGACGUGGAUGCGUGCGACUUCGUCCUCGCACACGGCGUCGAGGCUUUUGGUAGAGGCGAUGGCGAGAAAGAGCUAUCCGUGAGCGAUGAAACGAUGCGAUUGAUGAUCGAACGCGCGGCGGAGAAGAAGAAACCGCUUGUCGUGGCAAAUCCGGAUGUUGUCACCGUCUCGGGCGACGAGUUGAUGAUGAUGCCCGGAACGUUGGCUACGUAUUACCGAGAUUCAUUUAAAUACGCGCAUCACGGUGAGAGUGGGGACGAAUACGUGUGUCUCAUGGGUAAACCCGACGGGAUCGUCUACAAUGCGUUGCUUGGAGAGAUUGGACGAACGACAGCGGUGGACUCGCGAAGAGUGCUCGCCGUGGGGGACUCGCUCGCGCACGAUAUAGCGGGCGCGAACGAUGCCGAUAUCGACGCGUUAUUCGUGUGCGACACGGGAAUUCACGCCCAAGAAAUGCGACACGCGAGAGCGAGGUCCGACGACGCCGUGGACGCGCUGUUUGACGCGCAUGGCGCGCAUCCGGCACUUGUCAUCAGUCGUCUCGAGUGGUGA